AAAAUUAUUUCGAACGCCAACAUUACAAAAAUUGUCGUUCGAAAUGUCACCUUGAAAAUUUUCGUUCAUGGAUAAAUAAAUGAUUUAGAAAAUAUUGUUCCGAUCCAAAAUUCGAAGCGAUCCUUCCAAAAUGGCUGAGCCAAACAAUAACCAGAUGGCUUUUUGGGAAGCAAUGAAGGAGAAAUACGAGCGAAGGAACGAAAGUUUGAAACAGCAAGAGGUAUGCUUGAAGAAGAGACUGGAGCAGUUGCAAGAGAUAAUGGAGAAGCAGAAGGCAGGAGAUGAUUAUGACUGCGUCCCUGAAAAACUGGAAAAGCCGAGUUUGGUGCAGUGCUGGGUUGAGAAAGGAAAGAACUUGAUAUUGGGCAGUUGCAAGUGUGGAGAUCCUAAAGUUGGAGAGGAUUUGUUGUGCGCCUGUCAUAUCACAGAUCCCAAAGCUCCACUCAACGUAGACUCCAAUCAGUGUCCUUUACAAGUACCUGAAGCAUCAGAUGGAUGUUCGAACCCUUCCUGUGACUUCUACGUCAACAAUCAAGGAAAAAUAGACGAGAACCCAAGCACUUUCUCCCUGAAAACUACAGACAUCUAUUACAUGGACAAACUCGCCGAUUUAGUGAAAGCAGAGAAGAACAUGCAACAAAAAAUUGAAGAUUUAGAGAAAAGAGAACAUUCCUACCUCAACGCGAUACACGAUUUACGUGAAGCUAUGAAGAAACAGAAGAAACCAGACCCGAUGAACGAAGAAUUCAAGAGACUAACCGAAGGUUUGGAGGAAGAGAACAAAAAACUGAGAAACGAACUAGAAGAUUUACGCCUGGAGCUCAAACACUGCUUCGAACGUGUCGAAGGGCCUUUAAGAAGAAGUUUGGAGGACCAGCGGGAUAAGUGCGCGAAGUUAGAAAGCGACAUAAAGGACCUCCAGGUCAAAUCCAAGAUGAAAGAGGAUUUUUAUCUCAAACAGAUCAACGAAGUCAAAGCUAAACUCUGCCAAGCUUGUUGCACGAUGGUAGACCUCAACAGCGUCAACUCCAAAUUAAAAAACGACUUGUGCUGUCUCACGAAUAAAUGCACCAGCUUGGAGGAUGACCUGUUGAAGCAGCAAAUGAAGGAAGCAGAAAAUAUACUGAAAUUCAAGAGUGCUUUGGCUAAGAGAAAGGCGAAGAGUAAAGUACAAGCAAAAGGCGACGAAUCUGAAGAUUUGGGUCAUAUAGCCAAGAAAUUAGGAGAUACCUUGAAGGAGGUUUGUCCAUGUGUGUCAGAUGUACCUUCGGGACUUACAGAAACUGCUGAAAACAUAAGACAGCUAACGGAAUUCGUAGCUGAAAAGGGCGCUCAGCAGAGGAAGAAGAGGAAAGGGAAGAUCCACCAAGUAUCCACUACUUCAUGUUCAUGCGGAAGCGAUCUCAAGGUAUCUAAUACCCAAUCUAAGGUUGAAGAAGUUGUAAGCUGCGUGUGCUCCAAUUCUUCCUUAAGGAUCAGACCGAGGAUUAAUCAAAAAGACUUCGAAGGAGAAGAAGUUACAUGUGGAUGUUCUCCUUCAGAAUCACUUGCAUCCGUACCAAUGAUGAAUAUAAAAGCGACCAAGCAGACUUCUACAGCUCCCAUGAGAAAGACAGCGUCCAAAGGAUGUACUUGUUGUCCUGCCCAAAACGAAUGUGACCAUCCGCUACAGAAAGCAUCGAUCGAUACAGUUUGUUGCUGUUCGGACAUGGACACGAAGAGAACCGGGCCUUCUGAAGAAGUUAUCGCCGUUAAGAACCUGGGUACUUUGAGCAUUCCUCCAGGACAAUUUUCCGUCGGAGCGGGUACCUCAAAGGCUCAUGAUCAAACCUUGAAUAAAUCCAUGAAGGACAAAUUGACUGUGGACACAACAUGCGAUGUUCUGGACAAACCACCGAAGGAUAUACACGUUGUCACGACAAUAGCGAAGACGGGCUCUUUGGAGAUCACCACCGAAGGUCCACCGGGUGUCAUCGAGACCAAAGUCAACUACCUAGCAGACGGAAAGGUGGAGAUAGUUACCAAGCUCGUCGAUCGCCACAAGAUGGAUGAUUACCUAGAUGGUACACUUCUCCAGCUACCUGAAGGUCCUCCGGACUGUACCGAAACUACCUGCGAAGGGCAGUGUGAGGACAAGGCCACAUCGGCUGAUGGUUGCCCCGAAGUAGACUGCAACAAGAGUAAGACUUGUGGGGGACUAUGUGAUGACGAAGAAAAACCGACCGGAGAAAAUCAGGAGAAUUUGGUAGAUAAGGCUGCAAUAGAUCAGAAGAACUCGGCAGAUAUGGGUAAAGUAGAAGCAGAAGUAGACCAGAAUAAAGUAGUAGAUAAGGACGAGGUGAAAACAGAAAAAGAUGCUAACAAUACAACGCCCUACGGAAAAGUUGUGGUGAACAACAAUUUCAUCUUGAUAGGGGCAGGAGAAACACAUCCUUUCAUGACUGGAGAAUGGAAGAACGUCAAGUUCCUAGAAGACCCGAAGGAAGAAGCUUUGCUUCAAGACCUGAUACUCACAGCUAAGCCGAUGAGACGAAAGGUUAACGUUCAUGAAGAUAUCACAAGCGAGCCUGAAUCGUUCAGACUAUCGUCUAGGCAGUCUUUAACGGACGUUGAGACGUAUUCCAAAGAAGCCGAUCAAAUGAAGUCCUCUUGCAGUUUGUUAUAUCCCGAUGUACUCGAAACCAUAAGUGAGGGCGAUGAAGAUCAGACUGAUUCAACUAGAACCGAUAAUGAUGUUUCUGCUGAAGAAGAAGAUACAGAAAGGAGUACGCUUACAGAAGAUUCAUCAGAGAGAAUGGAUGAAGAAUCAAACGUGGACAAACCAGGCCAAUUUUCAACUGCAGAAAUCCUUGUAAGGGAAGGUAUCCUAAGAGCACCUCCUGUGGAGAUCUCCGAAGAAUUUACUCCAUCAGAAACUGAAAUCCAGCUGGGCAGUAGACUACCCCUAGAUGAUCUGGAUCAACAGCGAGCAUCAUCGGCGCCUCAGGAAAUCCAUAGGACCUCACACGAGUCGCUGAAGAACACCAGAAGCUCCACUAGUUGCUUGCAAGUCCCGAAGGAAGGCCAGAUAACUGAGUUUUACGAGAUGUCUCAGAAUAUCAACCUCUUGAGCGGCAAGAUCGUGCUGAGACAGUCCAAAUCCAUGUACGAGAAGAGAGGCAGCACGUCUGAGUAUUUGAGGAUCUGCAAAUCCGCCACCCUAUCGCUGGGCGGUCUGAAGAUCGAUUUGGAGAGGCUGAAGCUGUCAUCGAAGGACCCGAACGUGGGGGAUUUCGGCAUAGCGAGAUUGGAAGAUAGAGGUAGGGUUGUAGCGGAAGACGUUCAGCCCACAACGCAGGCUGUGGUUGAUGUCAAAGCAGAGCUUUGCAGAGAAAUGGACGAGAAGAUAGUGUCGGAGUUGAUGACUGAAGGCUGCACCCCUUUCGACACAUACCAAACCAUCCCCGACCAAAUGUACCAAUGUUACGUAUGCAGCUGUUCGAACCAGAAAGACAAGGAUGAUCAAGAAAAGAAGAACCAACCUCGCAACAACCAAGACCUGGAGCAACGGAUCGACCGUCUCCUCGAGAUAGACCCCCUAGCCGACAAGGCAAGAUCGCCGGCUAUGGAACAAUGCAACUGCGCGAGAAAGAAGCAGGAAGCUCCUCCUGAGAAGAAGUGCAAGUGCGGCGCCGACAAGGAGAAAGCCAUCCCCAAACACCAAGGGGACAAUGUGCAGCACGGUGAAGACUGCACCUGCGUCGACUGCAUCUGCAACCCCUGCAACUUCAAGAAGGCGACUGCGCCAUGCGACUGCGACAAGUGCGACUGCGGCUUCUGCUACAGCAAGAACCUAACCUCGACGGCGAUUUUCGAGCUGUCGAAACCGCCGGAGAUCACCGUGAUGAACGUCAGUCUACCCUGCGACUGCGGGGGAGCGUGUGCCUGCAAUCCCUGCAUGGACGAGAGCAAGAGGCCCAAGCCGCCCUCUAGGGGCCCGUCGAAGACCCAACAGAAAGACACGGCCUGCAAGCGUUGCGCCCAAAUGGCGUCAAAAAAGACGGACAUCGCAGUCGGUUCGUCCAAGAUCAACGUGAACGCCUCCAAGACCGAAGUUUCAGGCACCAGGCUUCCCGACACCUGGAAGAGCGUGGUGAACUGCGCCUGCCUGCCUCCGGACGAGGACAAGAAGGCUGUGUGCGAUUGCAAGACGUGCGAGUGCAAGCCCUGCGGUUACCCGGAGAAGGCCAGGGCGCCCUGCGAUUGCAAGCCAGCCAAGAAGGAGAAGAAGGGCCCUUCAGGUAAUUGCGACUGCGCCCUUUGCGAGUGUCAGGUCUGCGGCGAUAUGGCCGGUAUAGGCGAUUUCGUUAAUAGACCGCCUCCGGCUACUUAUCCGUUCUCGGCCAUGAACUGCGACUGUAAGCUGUGCGAGUGUCUGUUCUGUUCGGACCCGAAGACUAGGGAUAAGGAGGCGCCGCAUGGGGCUUGCGCGUGUCUUCCAAAAUGUCUGUGCGAGCAUUGCCCGGUAAACGCUGCCGCUGGGGAGGUAGGUAGAAAACCAGGCGGUAAAGAAGAAUGCGCCUGUCUACCGAAAUGUCUUUGCGACCAUUGCCCAGUAAAAGGGGCUCAGUCUCCGAUAGGCAAAGAGCUCGGCGUUGCCCCGAAAACUGCGCUGAAAGAAGAAUGCGCUUGUCUACCGAAAUGCCUUUGUGAGCAUUGCCCAGUAAAAGAGGGUCCCAAAGGUCCACUGCACGGCGUUGGCGAGAAACCUGCAGAAAAGGAAAAAUGCGCGUGUCUGCCGAAAUGUCUUUGCGACCAUUGCCCAGUAAACGAGGGUCCACUUCACGGCGUUGGCGAAAAACCUACCGAAAAAGAAAAAUGCGCAUGUCUACCGAAAUGCUUGUGCGACCAUUGCCCAGUAAACGAGGGUUCAGCUCCGCGACCAGCCAAAGACAAAGAGUGCGUAUGCCUUCCGAAGUGCUUAUGCAAACCUUGCCCGGUAAACGAGGAACAAAUAGGGGACGCUACCGAACUCACUUGCGACUGCCAAAAAUGCGAGUGCGAUCCUUGUUCCGACAAAAAACCGCUGGCUAUCAAAAACUUGAAAAGCACACUGCGCAAAAUCGAGCACGAUGAAAAAAUGAAGAAUGUAGCGUACGAUAAAAAGGUGCCUUGCGAUUGCGCUACGUGCGAAUGCCCCACAUGUACCGGUAAAUUCCAGGACAACGAGAAGAGUAAGGGAGAUCACCCGGAAGGCCCUUGUCCUUGUUUACCAACCGACAGGCAAACCAAUGAGCCUAUCGGCGAGUGUAAAAAUUGCGACAUAUGUUGUUCGGACCAAGAGGUGGAGGUAGCAGUCACCGAGCCUUCUCGUAAGCUUAUACCUUGCGAUUGUAAAACGCCAUGCCGGUGUAAACCUUGCCCAGAUCCUAACAUUGGCGGAGGCGAAGAAUGCCAGUUGAUCGGAGACGCCGACAGGGUCAAAGACGAGCUCAGGGGCGUGCUGAACAAGAUAGGGUGCACCUGCGAUCAAGCGGAGGCUGACCUGAAGCCGUUGGUGAAACAAGCUUCGGUCUUCGAGACCACCGUGUCCAAGAUGAAGAUGAAACUGAACAACCUGCAGGAGAAAUGCAAGGAUAAGGAUCGCAUCAUCGACGCCAUGACCGACGAAUUGAAGUUGAGGAGCCAGUCUGGUGUAUUCGCGGAUCUUCUUCACGACCUGGCGCAUCCUAAGGAGAGGUUUACUCCGGACUUCACCAGGACUUACGUGUGUGAUUUCCUGCCAAGGCCUAAGCAUGCCGUAGGGUCUAAGUUGCAGUCUAAACGCAGUUCAGCGUGUCGUUUCGACAACAAGCUAGAGCCUAUCUUGGAGCUCGACAGGUAUCUUCCAGGUGCCAAAGAAGACGCGCACACUUGCCCGAAGCACCAAGACGUCUCGGGUAUGGAGAUAUUAGACAUACGAAGAGUCACCAUCGACAGCAUCCUCAUAAAGUGGCGUGGACCAUCCAACCUUAACGGUGUCACCGGCUAUCAGAUCUUCGUGAACGAUGAGCUCAAAUACAGGGUGCUCAGUCCGAACAGAACAAACGCGGUUAUCGACUCUCUAGAUUUGAGCAGUUCUUUAGAGAUCAUGCUGUUUGCGAUGUGCUAUGCUGGGAGGUGUGAGCCUCCUGCUUUGGCCACGUACAAAAUUUGAAUUGUCUUGUUCGUUGUGUCUUGAAUAAAUGCUUUUCUGUAAAA